AUGAAUAAUUGCAGAUCCCAGAUGCUUUCUUGGGUACCAUCAAAUUUACUUGAUUUAGCUGAUUUUACACCAUUUCGUUUUGCUUGGGAAGCCAGGGAAGAACAGGCAGCUCAUCACAUGCCAUCUCCAGCAAUAUCACAUUACCCUAAAAGAAAGAAACUUGGAGAUGCUACUUAUCUGUUAUCAUUGGAUAAAGAAAAUUCACUGCAGCCGUCCAAAUUACAAAAUGCCGAUGGAAAUAAUUCCACAAUUAAUUCGUCGACAUUUGAUGGUAUAUAUUCGCCGGACAAUAAAAUGGCUACUUUAGUUCAUCACAUGGGAGGCUGCGUAAAAAAAGAAUUUAGUUCUAAGAUAACUCAUGUUAUUGCUAAUUCAACACUUGGAGAAAAAUAUGGGUAUGCCGUUAGUCUUGGCACACCAAUAAUGAAAGAACAAUGGAUAUAUGAAAUGUGGUCACGGAGAAGAGAUUUAAGUAAUUUUAUAAAUGAUGAGAACUUGAUGAAAUUAAAAUUGCAGCCAUUCUGUGGAUGUAAUAUAACGUUUUUGGGAUUUAAGAAUGAUGAGAAACUUCAUAUGGAAGAACUUGCUGUUCAGAAUGGUGGAAAAGUACAUGAAACAAUUGAUCAUUCUUGCACACAUCUAGUUUUAGAAGAGCGCACAGAAAUUCCCGAAAGUAUAUCUAACUGUUUGAAUCAUAAAACCCAUUUAGUAACUUCUGAGUGGUUUUGGGCCAGUAUACAAAUGGAUGCUUGUGCCGAUGAAGUAAUUUAUAAUUUUAAACAGGAAGAACAGGCAGCUCAUCACAUGCCAUCUCCAGCAAUAUCACAUUACCCUAAAAGAAAGAAACUUGGAGAUGCUACUUAUCUGUUAUCAUUGGAUAAAGAAAAUUCACUGCAGCCGUCCAAAUUACAAAAUGCCGAUGGAAAUAAUUCCACAAUUAAUUCGUCGACAUUUGAUGGUAUAUAUUCGCCGGACGUUUCAUUUUCAAUAGGUUCUCCUCUAGAAAGUUCUCAUUUAAGUCCAUUAAAGCCCAUUGCAGAUUAUAAACUUAUGACACCCAGGCAGCAAGUUUGUACAGAAUUAUUGCAGACCGAAACUAAUUAUGUUGGUAUUCUGAAAACUAUUGUUACGAUGUUUAAAGAACCUCUCGAACAACCCGAUCAAGUAGGAGGAGCAUUACUAGACGGAACCGAAUUGAAAAUAAUAUUCGGAAACAUUCCACCUUUGUACGAAGUACAUACCAAAUUGCGCGAAGAUUUAUAUAUUUUAUUACAAAAUUGGAAAGAAGAUAAAAGUGUUGGAAAUAUUAUUCUCAAAUACUCUCAAGACUUUUUAAAAGCUUAUCCACCAUUUGUGAAUUAUUUUGAAAAAACUAAGGAAGUGUUAAUCCAUUGUGAUCAAACUAAACCGAGAUUUCACGCAUUUUUAAAAGUAAGAAAAUGUAAAGAUGCAUUUGCACUGAUCAUAAGAACAAACGAUGAAUUGAAAGAACGAGAAAAUCUGAUGGUCAAACUGAAUCGGGAACAACUUCCCGCCAACGUCAGCGAAACCGGCAACACGUUCAGCAGAGCCAUCAAACUAGCCUCAAAAACAAAAAGUAAGCUGGGAAGAGCCCUGUCCAUGAAGAAGACUCCCACCAAGCGGGGCCUCAGCAGGGCCAUGUCCACCAUCAUCAGCCCCCUGCGGACCACCAAGUCUCCCUCUUCCACCCUCGGACGUCUCCACCUUCCCUCCCUGGCCGACCUGACGGAUCCCUCGGUGUCCGGCAAAGUGCCCAAGGCCGGCGCCAAGAUCAAGAGCAGCUCCCUGGGCCCUUCCUCUUCCAAAUACAUUUGA